CGUAUCGCUGACGUCAUCGCGUCGGCGUGUCCGCCCCGCGGAAGUAGGAGCGAGUCCGGGGUCGGGCGGGGUCGGUCCCACAUCGGCCGCCGGGGGACCCGGCGCCGGCCCCACUGCCAUGGAGUUCCCAGACCUGGGCGCACACUGCUCCGAGCCGACCUGCAAGUGCCUGGACUUUCUCCCUCUGAAGUGCGACGCGUGCGAGCAGAUAUUCUGCACCAACCACAUCACCUACACCCAGCACCAGUGCACCUCUGCCUACAAGAAGGAUGUGCAGGUCCCCGUGUGCCCCCUCUGCAGCAUCCCCAUCCCUGUCCAAAAGGGGCAGAUGCCUGAUGUGGUGGUGGGGCAGCACAUCGACCGACACUGCAAAUCCGACCCCGCCCAGCGCAAGCGCAAGAUUUUCACCAAUAAGUGUCUGAAGCCCGGCUGCAAGCAGAGGGAGAUGAUGAAGGUGAUCUGCGACCAGUGCCACGGGGACUUCUGCCUCAAGCACCGGCACCCCCUGGAUCACGACUGCAAUGGGGCAGGGCGCCCCCUCUCCAGAGCCGGACACGCUGCGGUGGCAAGAGCCCAAGCAUCCUCCUCUGUGGCAGCCGGGACAUCAAGCAGAGGAGCUGCCAGGCCGGCAGCCAGCCCCCCUGCUCUGGCUCCAAGCAGAGGCGGCAUGAUGGCGACACCGCAGCCCAGCAGCACCUCGCCCCCAGCUGUUGCGCUGCAGAAUGGACUGAGCGAAGAGGAGGCGCUGCAGCGAGCCCUGGAGAUGUCCCUGGCAGAAUCGGCACCUGGCUCAGCACGGGCGCUCAGCAGUGCGCAGGAGGAGGAGGACCUGGCCCUGGCGCGGGCGCUAGCCGCGAGCGAGGAGGAGUACCAGAGGCGGCAGCGGCAGCAGGCCCAGAGCCGGAGCUCGAGGCCAUCAGACUGCAGCAUGUUCUAGGCUGGGAGCACCACAAUGCCUAGGGCCUCUCUGCAGUGCCACCGGGUACCAUCACUGUUCCAGCUCUGCCAGGCCCUGCCCGAGUGCCACCUGCCGAGGGCCAGCAGGGCUUCUCCUGCCUCUUCCACAGCUGGAAACAACCUUGGGAUCGAGGGUUGGCGUUGUGCCUUGGUCCCUCACCCCCCUGGCACAGUGCCGUGAAAGGGGGGCGGGGGGUGCCCAUGGCCUGGAGGUGGAGUGUUCCAGCCGGCGUGUCCUGAUCCCAAUACCUUCGCUCUGACCCGGGCUGGCUGCAUGCUGGGUCAUGUCCAGCCCCCUGCCCCACAUACUACACAGGGGUGAGGGCAGCCCCCCAGCUCAGCGUUGCCCUGCACCGUGUGGGGGGGCCCUGCUGGAUGUUUUAAUGGGACUGGCUGCUCUGCUCUCUUCUUCCUUCCUAUGCCAGGCUGCCUGGGCAGGAACUGCCCCCCCACACACACGUCAGCUCCCUGGGGUGCCCAGUGGGGUUGGGGGGGUUGUACCCUCAGUCAAUGGCUGGGUAACGCUCAUUUCCCCCCAUGGGGAUAGCCCUGGCCACAUCAGGCACAGGGGGGCCCUGCAGCUGCGUUCUGUGCUGACCACGCUAUGUAGCAGAGCCCCCUGCCCCACAAGGCCUGGCACCUGCCCAGCUGUGACGUAAUCCCUGGGGAGCCCCUGCUGUCCUCUAGGCAGGGCUCAGCUGGGGGCCAGGCCAACCUUUCUCAGCCCCUCCCCUGAACUCGGCUGCUGGAUGUGGGGCAGGAAGAGCAGCUGCCGUGUUUCUCCUGGGAACACAGCCCCUCUGCACAGUGAUCACUGACUGCUCCACUGCCUCUGCCAAGAGCCCCCCCCCCCCAACACCAGCCCUUGCCCUGAGGCAUCACUGACCUCCGAGGGGAGCCCUGGUGGAGCAUCUCCCGUGGCUAUAGGGACCAGGCCUCGGGAGUCUUCCCCUGAGCAGCCCCUUCUAGUCCUGCUGAAUUCAGGGCAAGGGGGCUGGCCUGGUGUGAGGCCGGGGCCCUGGCAGCAGGCUGCUGGGGGCUGGGGGCAGCGCUGGCUCUCCUCAGCCCGGGCCUUUCGCUGGCAUACGCUGCCCGAGAUGCUCAGUGCAGACACUUGGACACACGGGGAGCUGCUUCCCCUCCAGCCCUGGGUGCUGCUGGGUCUUGUGUAGUGGGUAACGGCUGCAGCCGGGCAGGUAGCAGGCCAGGGCCUGUGGCUGCUGUCUCCCUGCACCCUGAGUGUGCGCCUGGCCCGGCUGGGGCACUCAGGAGUGGGGGGGGAGGGGGGCGAAAGGAAGCUCUGCAGGGCUCGAGCUUUCUGGCUACUAAGUGCUGCCUCGGGAGAAAUAAAGUCCUACCCAAAA